AUGGCUCCUAAGAAGAAGGAACAGCAGAAGAUGUCCCUUGGGGACUUUCUGGCUGACAGUUUUGGUGGAGGCUCUUCUUGGGCUGAUGAAGUAGAGGAAACCUCUUACGAUUCAGGCACUCAGGCUCUGCCCCCUUCCGAUCGCUCUCGGUAUACCAGCAACCUCAACUCUUCUUCCAGCUGGCAGGACCGGGGUUUCUCCGUUCGCGAAGCUGCCCCUCAGACUCUCCCCGAUAAGCCUCCCUAUACCGCUCACCUCGGUAACCUGGCCUACGAUGUUACCAACGAUGCUGUGGCCGACUUCCUUACAGGCUGUGGUGUCGUCAACGUCCGUCUCAUUGAGGACCGCGAGCUCCAGCGCCCCAAGGGAUUCGGUUACGUUGAGUUUGAGACCCUUGAUGGUCUCAAGCAGGCUCUUGCCCUUGAUGGUGAAUCUUUCGGCGGACGAAUGAUCAAGAUCAAGGUUGCCGACCCUCCUCGUGGUGGUGAUCCUGGCCGAGGAGAUUCUAUCCGUGAGAUGGGCGCCUGGGACCGCAAGGGUCCUCUGGCUGAUGCUCCUUCAAGGGGUGGUGCCCGCGACUUCGGUGACCGUGAGCGUCGACCUCGCGAUCCCGCUUUUGAGAGCCGUCCCCAGCGUGAGUUUACCUGGGAACGACAUGGACCUCUCGCUCCUCUUUCACCUCAAGAGGGCUCUGGUUCGCGAGAUGGAAGCCGUCCCCGUGCUUCUCCUGACGUGCAGGGCGACCGCAGCGACUCCUUCCGUGGCAACCGUCGUGACUCUCCUGCUUGGGGUGAGGCUCGUGAGGGUGGUUCUCGUCCUCGCCCUGAGCGACCUGAGCGUCCCGAGCGAACUGCCACAGCUGCCGACAAGGACAUGCAGUGGCGCGACCGAAUGCGUCCUGACUCCGCCAAGCCUAUCUCGCCCGAUGGUAGUGCUCCCCCUUCGCCCGCUCUUUCCAACGCACCCACCGCUCAGGGUGGACGUCCUCGCUUGAAUCUCCAAAAGCGAACAGUCUCCGAGGCCCCUGACGCCUCAUCAAACGCAGCUGGAGAGGCCAAGGCCAGCCCCUUCGGAGCCGCUCGUCCUAUCGAUACAGCAGCAAGAGAGAAGGAGAUUGAGGUCAAGCGCCAGCAGGCUAUCCAGGAGAAGCGCGAGGCCGACGAGAAGGCCAAGGAGGAAAAGCGAUUGGCCAAGGAGGCUGCUGCCAAGGCCGAGGCCGAGGCUGAGGCUGAGGCUGAGGCAAAGGCUGAGGCAAAGGCUGAAGCUGACGCUGCUGCGGCCAAGGAGGCUGAAGCUGCCACCGAGACUAAGGAGGCCCCUCAGACAACAGAGGAGUCUGCAGAGCCCAAGGCUGAGAACGCCAAUGACGAACAGAAGGUCUCCGUUCGAACCCGGGAGCCUCGAGAGGCCCCUAAGUCAAGAGCAAACGAAGCUUCAAGCUGGCGCUCUGCCGGUAACGAUCAGCGAGGACCCCGUGGAGGUGCCGGACCUCGAGGUGGACGUGGUGGACGUGGCGGUAUGCGAGAAGCCCGAACUGGACCCCUUCGAUCCAACGGCGCUGCUCCCCAACAAGCUUCUGGUUCCCCUGAUGCCGAGCCUGCUACCCCUACAGCCGAUGAUGACGGUUGGACCACGGUGCCCAACAAGAAGGGUCGCCAGGGUCGCGCGAUGGGACCCUAG